AGUGGUGCACCCCCUCCUAAGAGAAAUCCUGGAUCUGCCCUUGUGACUGGGGUUCUAUAGGAAAAGAAAGGGGCUAAUGACGCAAGUGGGGUUGUACUUAGUGCGGUAAGACACACACUCUCUCUUUUUCCCGCAGGUGCUUGGCAACCUGGUCUUAAGUGGAUCCGCGGACGGUAUGAUUUUGUUCUGGAACCUGGAAACUGGAGAAUGCGAGGUUGCUAUUCAGGGUCACGAGGGCCCAGUCCACUCUCUUGAUUACAACGAUCAUCAGCAUUUCUUCUCGUCCGGAGGGGACCAUUUGUUGAAAGAAUGGGACAUAAGUACGUGCACGUGUCUAAGAUCCUUACAGGGACAUAGAGGGCCGGUGUUUUGUGUUAAGGCCGUCCCACACAGGGUCGUGUCCUGCUCUGCCGAUGGAUUCACGAGGGUCUGGGACCUGGAUUUUCCAGAUGGAAAGUACCAAGGUAAGAAUAUUGCCGUUCAAGACAACGUCAUCACGCCGCACACAAUUCAACAGAGUAAUCCCAAAAAAGUUAUUUGAUGGAAGGAGAGAGAGAAAGCAGUUUUGUAGCGCUUCGAUUAUAGAAUAAAUAGUUGUUCUGGUUCGCGUUUUAAUUUGUUUGCUUUCUUCUUGAGUUUUUCUUCGACGUACAGGUGCGAUAUAGUAAAAAGCCGCGUGUAAGAACCGACAAUUUUUAGUCUGGCAACAUAGGUUCUUGUAUCUUGGGGUAGUUAUUGACAAUUUAGGCAAAGCAGGUUGUUAAUUAGGUUCUUAAUUUCGAUGAAGUAGAUAUGGUUGUUGAUUACCAGAAAAAUUUUUAAACCUGGGUUUGGUCCUUGAAUUUUGUUUCCUAACUGUAAUAUGUAUUUUCUUGUAAUGUAGAGUUGUAAUCUGAAAGUCACUCCUUGGUUAAAAUGUUUAUCAUAAAUUUACUGUAACCCACACAUAAGAACCUGCUUGAUCUUGCUUGGCUAAAC